AUCGAUUGGCACACCUCUACAUUUUUGGCAGCUUAUUUCUCCUGCUCGCGUUGCUGCAUGGUGCUAAGUAAAAAGAGGCUGACCAUAAGCCUCGGUGAACGAUGCUUUACCUAUAAAGUCCGUCACAGGGUGCUUUAGGCGGGUGUGCGGUCUUCUCUUUCUCCUUCCCGUCAAAGGGAGGUAGGUACCCGCGCCCUACGAAACUCUCAGCACACCGCGGAGCGCACAUGGGCGCAUCGACAGCUAGACUACAAUGACUGGACAUAUUUCUCCUAUCCCUUCAUGUUUACGUGCAAUAAAGGUUUUGCAUCUUGCAGUGGACAGUUGAUGCCUCUAAGACCAACCAUUUAAUUCGAUGGAUCUGAAUGGAUCGCUGAUUAUUUCGACUCUGGGAAUUAAUGCUGGGCGUUUUGCGUGAGGAUGCUUGGUAGCUCUUGUAGGUAAGAGCUAGGAUGGUGGGGGGGGAGGUGAACGGGCACAGCUACCUAGUGGCCUGCUGGCAGCCCAUCCUAAUCUUGAUGCUUGGCACUGUGCUGUCAGGCUCCACCACUGGCUGCCCGUCACGUUGUGAGUGCAGUGCCCAGGAGCGUUCAGUGGUGUGCCACCGCAAGAAGCUGACAGCCAUCCCAGACGGCAUCCCCACUGAGACACGGCUGCUUGACUUGAGCAAGAAUCGGCUCAAGGUUGUCAAUCCGGAGGAGUUUGCUGGCUACCCACACCUGGAGGAGCUGGAGCUCAAUGAGAACAACAUCUCAAGCAUUGAGCCGGGAGCCUUUAGCAACCUUUAUGGCUUACGGACGUUGGGGCUACGCAAUAAUAAUCUGAAGCUCAUUCAACUGGGUGUUUUCAUGGGCCUCAACAACCUCACUAAACUGGACAUCAGUGAGAAUAAAAUUGUCAUUUUACUGGAUUACAUGUUCCAAGACCUAUUCAAUUUAAAGUCUCUAGAAGUGGGUGACAAUGACCUUGUCUUUAUUUCCAACAGAGCGUUUCAUGGUCUUAGCAGCCUGGAGCACCUCACGCUAGACAAGUGCAACCUGACGUCCAUACCCACAGAGGCAUUUGCUCAGCUGCACAACCUCAUCACACUCAAGAUUAGGUACCUCAACAUUAAUAUAAUCAGGGAUUAUUCUUUCAAGCGGCUCUACCGGCUAAAAAUUCUCGAGAUCGAUAACUGGCCAUACCUGGAUACUAUGACUUCCAACUGCCUCUAUGGACUCAACCUCACCUCCUUGACCAUCACUAACUGCAAUUUGACUGUUGUUCCUUAUUUGGCUAUACGGCAUCUUGUGUACUUACAUUUCCUGAACCUGUCUUUUAACCCCAUUCAUAUCAUCGAAGGGAAUAAGCUGAACGACUUGCUCCGCAUCAAGGAGUUUCAUCUGGUUGGUGGAAGGCUAAUGGCUAUCGAGCCCUACUCUUUCCGAGGACUUAACUACUUGCGAAUUCUCAAUGUCUCAAGCAACUCCCUGUCGACUCUGGAGGAGUCAGCUUUCCACUCAGUGGGUAACUUGGAGACUCUGGCUCUGCAUGACAACCCCUUGGCCUGUGACUGUCGGCUGCUCUGGGUCUUCCGUCGUCGCUGGAGGCUUAAUUUCAAUCGGCAGCAGCCCACAUGCUCGUCCCCUGAUUUUGUGCGGGGGAAAGAGUUUAAAGAUUUCCCGGAUGUUCUGCCAUCAAAUUACUUCACCUGCAGCAAGUCGAAGAUUCUUGACCACACUGCCCAGCAGAAGUUUGUCGAUGAAGGAACGACCAUCCACUUCACAUGUCAGGCAGAUGGCGAUCCUGCCCCUGUGAUCAUGUGGCUGUCCCCUCGGAAGCAACUGAUUACCAGCAAAACAACUGGGAGGAGGUCUGUUCUUCCGGAUGGCAGCUUGGAGGUGAGAUAUGCGCAGAUCCAAGAUAAUGGCACAUACACAUGCAUCGCCAGCAACGCGGGGGGCAACGACUCUGCUCUUGCCCAGCUGUUUGUGCGCAGUUACUCCCCAGGAUGGCCGCACCAGCCCAACAAGACAUUUGCCUUCAUCUCCAACCAGCCCAAUGACAUGAAUGGCAAUGAGACAAAGGCCACAGUCCCUUUCCCCUUUGACAUGAAGACCUUGAUUAUUGCCACCACCAUGGGCUUUAUUUCCUUCCUUGGCGUCGUCCUGUUUUGUCUCGUGCUCCUUUUCCUCUGGAGCAGGGGCAAAGGCAACACAAAGCCAAAUAUCGAGAUUGAGUUUGUGCCCCGCCGGUCGGACACUGACACAGGCAGCAGCAUAGAUGCCCCUCGUAGGAUCAACAUGAAAAUGAUCUGAGUGGAUCCCCAGAUUGAAAUCUGUCAAAUUCCAUGCACAUUUAGUCAUUAAUGACUAUUUUCAUGGCAGUUCACUUUGUUGUAAUGCAUUAAGUUUCCUUCCUUGAACUUGGGGUUGAUGAGCAUAUUAAUUAUUUAACAACAGUGAACCAUAUGAUGCUAUAGCACUUUUUGCUCACUCACUUUUCACAUGCAGAUUUCACUCUUAGAGUCUCCAUAUUUUAUUUGUCAAUGGCGACUGUUUAUUUGAAUAAGAAAGUGGGCUGACCUGAUGGUAAUGUGAUAUGAUGCCAGUGCACCUGCUUUCAGGUAAUGAUUUUUAAUUAUUAAAUAGAGAUUAAUGUAUAUUUUUAAUUUUGUCCUAAAACUGCCACAAAUACUUGUAUCUGUGGCACACAGAUGAAGGCCUUUGAUGAACUUUAAGUUCAGUGGGCAUAUGUGCGUGUACAAGUCCCUUUGUUGUACGAACAAGCCUAAUAAUUAUACCGUUAUACAGAAAAUGAAACUUAAAAAUGAUAUAUAGCAGGCACCCAAUAGCUGUCUGUAGAGAGAGACAGACAACUAUAUAUAUAAAACACAUAUCUGCAUUCGAGUUGAUGUUACAUGACUGUAUAGUAAUUGUGUAUGCUAAAAUACUGUAUAUAGAUUGGAUACAAAUGAGUGUAUGUGUAAUCUCCAAGAAUUGCAUUUCAUGAUGUUUCCUCACAGAAGAACAUGAAUAUUGCUAGAAACCCCACUAAAAUGCAUCACAUUGCCUGACUGUAAUGGGUUUAGGCUGUACAGCAGAUAUCCCAUCCUACUGACGCUAUUGUGGUCUCAAUAUAUGAUGUUUCUAGUCUUUAUAUAUA